AUGCGAUUUUUCCAGGUAACUAUUAUAGCAACGGCUAUAGCCGUAGCAUCUUUAUCUACGCAACAAAGGGUUUAUAGCGCUAUAGAAAACAUUGGGGAAUUUUUAUCUCGCCUAGAUAUUAGUCAAGAGUCCCGAGCCGAAGUUUCCGCUAUUCUAAAUUCCUCCUAUGUCAGCGACAAUAACGCUCAACUCAGCUUAACCGAUAGAGCAGAUUUAGCAUGUCGUGUCGGGGGGGUUGUUUUCGGCUCUAGUCUUUACAUAUCGUCUUCUACUAACUAUGAGAGUCUCGUCGAUGAUAACUGGUCUGUGACCUGCUGGUUAACACCACAAUGUAUCCUGCAACCCCAGUCUGCGCUUGAUGUAUCUAAUGCGAUACUCAUCUCGUCCUUCCUUGGAAGCCAGUUCUCGGUCCGCAGCGGGGGCCAUAAUCCCAACAUCGGCUUCUCUAGCAUUGGACAAGAGGGAAUGCUGAUUGACUUAGCUCGGCUGAACGAGGUAACCCUCAGCUCAGAUGGCAAGCUUGCUGCUAUCGGCCCUGGAAACCGGUGGGGCAGAGUGUAUGAGAUCCUUAGUUCUAGCGGCAAGAUGAUAGUUGGAGGCCGUGCCAAUGACAUUGGCGUUGGUGGCUUUUUUCUUGGUGGCGGUUUGAGCUAUUGGUCUAGCAUAUACGGAAUGGCCUUCACAAAGGUCGUCAACUAUGAGGUUGUCCUCGGAGAUUCUUCUAUAGUGAAUGCGAACAAAUCAUCAAAUGAGGACUUGUUCUGGGCGUUGAAAGGCGGCGGUGCUAAUUUUGGAAUUGUGACGAGAUUCGAUGUAGAAACGGUUGAAAACGGUCAGAUAUGGUUCGAAGGGCUAUUGUUCGAUCCCUCUCAGCAUGAAAGGCUCCUACAAGUAACCGUUGACUUCGCAGCAGCCGCCGAGGACGACGCCGACGCCUCAGCUACUUAUAACCUAGGGCCAACCGGCGGUGCAGUAUAUCUCGGUUAUAACGGUUUGACCGAGCGCCCAGAGAUAUUCAGUGACUUCUACGACAUUCCCCACCAAUCUAUAAUUAACUCAACCCUAGGGACAUGGGUGGAUUUCCAUGAUGCCGUAUCUGCCUUAAAUCCCUUUGGUUCACUAAGGAUCGCGAUAUCGGAUUAUGAUCGCAAAUGGGACCUAAAGACGUUGCUAGAUCAUUAUGAACGUUACCAGACCGUCUCAAACGACGUUCAAACUCGACUUAACGCGACCUUGUAUUUUGCGCCCCAGAUAUUCGGCAAAUCUGCCGUGGCAGUGACAUCUGCGCAGGGGGGCAGUCCCCUUGGACUUUCACAAGACACCCAUUGCUUGCUCGAGAUCAUGAUCACAUGGACGGAUGCCAAUUACGAUGAAGAAGCAGCACAGGCUUUACUAAGCCUGGAAGACGACAUCACCGCGUCGGGACAACAGCUUGGCACCGAUCUAAAGUUUCACUAUAUGAAUGACGCUGGACCCAAUCAAGAUGUGCUGGGAUCCUAUGGUUCUCUGGAGAGAAUGAGGUCAGUCACCAGUCGGAUUCCAGCUGCAGCGUACGUAUGCCUAAGCAGCGCUGAAGAAGUCGCCAAGGCCCUCUCAGUCAUUAGAAGCACAGGAUCUAAGUUUGCCAUUCGAUCAGCAGGCCACAACGCAAACCCAGGGUUCAGCAGUGUUGGUUCCAGCGAAGCGGGUAUCGUGCUAGACUUGCGUGGGUUGAAUUCCAAAGCUCUGGACGAGGAAACCAAUAUCAUUCGUAUGGGUUCGGGCAAUACCUGGUCCGAGACGUUCACUUGGCUAGAAAAGAAGAAUUUGUCAGUCGUAGGCGCUCGAGAAGGCCAAGUUGGACUCUCUGGCUUUCUUCUCGGUGGUGGCCAAGGAGUUUUCUCUAGCCUUUACGGCUUGGGUGUAGAUAACGUCAAGAACUUUGAGGUAGUCCUUGCAGACGGCACCAUCGUAAAUUCCAAUGCCGAAACUUAUCCGGAUCUAUAUUUUGUUCUCAAGGGAGGAGGUUCCAACUUCGGAAUUGUCACAGGAGUAAGCCUCCAAGCGUACCCUCUCAUAAAAGUCCAGUACACCAUAAAUAUGUACGACCCCUCUGAUUACGAGAACGUGCUUAAUGCGUUCGCCAAGGUCCAGGAGUCAAUGGAAAAGGAUCCCAAGAUCGGUAUGUUCAUCAAUACUCGGAGGGACUUCAUCGCCGUUGGUCUUUUUUACGCUGAUUGGCCUGCCGAAUUCCCCGGUGCCUUCGAUCCUAUCGUCAAGUUAACCAGUUUUCUUGGCGCGGCGGUGCCUACGUCCAAUGGAACCUUCUCCACCCUGGCUGAGAUCUUACAGGAAUGGGCCUAUAAGGAGAAAGACAUGAAACAUGCAUAUGCCACUAUGACGACCAAAAUAUCGUGCGAACUCUACGAAAAAGGCCAUCGACUCUGGAAGGAUAUCGUUGAGAAGUUGCCUCGCACGGUUGAUCUGCACUGGACCAUUCAGCCCCUUACUCAAGAGGCUGUGAGGGCUGGGGAGGACCGCGGCGGUAACGUUUUGGGGCUAGAAAAGGUUCCGCAAUCCUGUAAGCUUACUGUUCUAGGCUGGAUCUUUGCUUGCGACUGGAAGCAGGACCAAGACGACGAAGCCGUGAGGAACGCACUGGACCUAGUUUUGCAGCGAGUCGAAAAAAUAGCCGUCGAUAGCGGACUCUUAUUGGAACUUCGAUUUCCCACAUUUGCCGGCGCAUCGCAGAAUGUGCUCGCCAGCUUCGGCGCAGAGAAUGUUAAGAAACUGCACGAGGCUGCGUCCCGGUAUGAUCCCGAUAGGGUGUUUCAAGAACUACAGAACGGGGGGUUCUUAAUACGUGAUAUAUGA